AUGAUGGCCUCCGGCUUAGACCCGUUCGCGCGGUCGUCGUGGGAGUUUUGCCUCCGGGCGUUUCCCUGUUGCGUGCUUCCCUUUCCAGAGGAACAUCUGCUGUCUCACCACUACUUUGCCAGGGAGUUCCUCUUUGAUCGAGGCGAUUUAGAGAGCAACCAGUUCGGGGACCCUUUGAGUUCCAAGUCCUACAAUAGAAUCAUGGCUGAGAUCGAUGGCGAGGUGGCCGCGGAUAGCAAGGGCAGCUACGACAGGAAGGCAGAUGUGGUGAGAGGCCUUGCGGCAGGCCGACGCCGUCGGGCCCGCAAAAUCCUGCAAGAUGCGUUGGACCAGUGGGAUGCAAUUUUGGGCGGCAACCACAUGGAGUGGCUGAACACGUGCGAGUUGAACGCCACCGGGUGUUUGAGCAGCGUGACAGAUGUGAUAGUCAUGGCGCCCAUCACCAUGACCGAUGAGUUCUGGGCGAAGCUUCGCACAGCCAAGCGAUUGUGGGGCAUGUUCUUUGCCCUUGACAACGCCGCCGAGUACGGGCACUGGGUGGUAGAUGACAAGGCCAAGAACAUUUUCAGGAACAACUUCAAUACCGCCCUUGAUGAGCAGGGUACCUUGCGAAUGUUGAAGCAGAUUCACACCAAGGAGCUUCGGGCGCAUUUUCACCCGACCGAGCUUUUCAAGGGAGAGCUGGGUCAAGUCAGCUGGGCAGAUGCUCGUGAUCUUGUCAAGCCAGUCUUUGACCUCAUGGACAACGGAGGCGACAUAGCAUCCGUCACCCCCAUGUUGGGCCUGUACAACUGUUAUAAUUGCGCCAAGUCUCCAAAGGGGGAGCCGCAGCAGAUUUCCGAUCCACUAACGGUGUUCGAAUAUCUGAACUUCUCGCAGAGAUUUGCAAAGCAGGAUGUGAGCUAUGCCUCUUUCAACCCGGAGGAUUACAUGCCAGUUGCUUCUUACAGUCCUUCGCUAAUCAUGGCGGACCACGCAACAACCGAGCAGAACUACCGGAAUGCCUGGGAUUUCGCCAAAGGCAAAGGCAUUUCGGAAGAUAGGCUUCAGAAGGCCGUCCGCAAGGAGCAGGUCUUUGUGGUGAAGUUCACGUACGAGCCCCUCAACAACGGCAUGUACACUGGUCAUGGGCUGGUGAAGCGCAUGCUCCCUGAGUACGGAAAGUGGCUCAGCAGCCUUCUUGUGGCCAAGCCCAACUUGAAGGCGCCGGAGCACAUGUCGCUCUCCAUUCCAAUCCUGGAGUCUACCCGUCAAGUUUUUCUUCAAACUUCUUUGGCCGGGGGCGGUGAUUGCGGCGUGGGAGUCAACACCACGGCGCCAGUGUGUGUCUCGACGAAUUGUUUUUUGGGGUUUGGGGUUUAG